GUUUCAAUCUGUCACGUGAUAAGAUUACGUAAAUUGUGCGAGUUGUAAACCUCAUUUCCUAGGUAGAGUCGUACAGCCUACAGAACUUGUAAUCAUGAGUGAACGCACGAACUUCACAGAAGGAGAAUUCUAUCAGGCGCAUUUUGACCCGCGUGCUUAUGUUAGGAAUUUCUACUCCAGUCCUCGAGGUCACGCCGACGAAAAGGAUUUCCUUACUUUCGUUUUAGGAGUCUUUAGCAGAGUAUUUUCAACUGGCAAACACAGAGGGCAAAGGCUGAUCGAUGUGGGCAGCGGACCAUCUAUUCACUGCGUUAUCAGCGCCUGCGCACAUUAUGACGAGAUUAUUCUGUCUGAUUUCUCCGACAACAAUCGUAAAGAAAUUGAUAAAUGGCUUAAAAACCAAGAAGGGUGUCUAGACUGGAAUCCCGUCCUCCAGCACGUUAGUAAAACGGAGGGGAAAAGACCUUCCGAUUUGGAGGCUACGCUGAAGCAAAGAAUCAAAAAGGUUUUAAAAUGUGACGUCCGCUUGGAGAAUCCGUUCGAUCCGCUGACACUGGAACCAGCUGACUGUGUCAUUACAUCUCUCUGCCUGGAAGCAGCCUGUAAAGACAUGCAGAUAUACCGCCAGGCUUUACAUGGGUUGACCAAGCUCCUGUGUCCCGGUGGACUAUUCGUCAUGGUAGGUGUCCUGAGUGAGACCUUCUACAAGGUGGACGAACAGCUUUUUUCUUGUCUUAGCCUCAAACAGAAUGAUAUUGAGGAAGCACUGAAAGGUUUUGGCUUCUCUAUCGAAGAGUUUAAUGUACUACCUGCAGAAAACCAAAACAACUCUGUGUCUGACUUUGAGGCCGUUUUUGUUCUUGUAGCGACCAAGAACAUCUGAUUAACAAAGCAAAUAAACAAAUGUAUAUAAUAAUGACAAAUCGCAAUGCAUUUAAAACUAGUAGGUGCCUAAUUUUUUAUUCAUUUUUAUAUCCUUUUUUUGCACCAUACGAUUUAGCAUUUUAAAUGAACACGGAAUUCAUACCUAAACCUAACCUGCUUAAGUUUUUUUUUGUCAUGGCAUUUAAAAAGAGAUAGAUCAUAGAUAAUUCUUUUGGCUUCUAAUUUGUUUCUUAAAAUUAAUUGAAAACAUUUGUAUAUAUGCAAUGCUACGUGUGUGAUACUGACAUUGAUUCUGUUAGAUUUUGCUGUUUUUGGCUUCACACAAGAACCGCCAGAGGUCGCUGUGUUCCUAAAAUCGCCAGUGCGGGUAAAUAUUACCCAGCACAAAUUUUGUUUAGAAAUUGCUAUAAAAAACAAAUACUAUUUCACUGUUUUUCGCCAUUGUUAACAAAAAGUGUCUAGACUAACAAUAUUAUUGUAGGAGUAAGUUAUGAGUAGCCUAGGUUACAAUAUCUAAAUUUAAGCCGUUAUACUCUGAUGCAUAAUUUAUUUCUCCAGACUCUCCAUCAUUCAUUGCAUUUUGUGUUUUUAAUAGCUCUACAAAUCACUUUCUUUUAGUCAUUGUGACUUUAUUCAAUUAUUAUAACCACAAAUUCGGUGAGAUUUAAUUUGAAAGUAAAGCCAUCGGUGAGUAAUUUGAAACAUAAGCAGUGCAUAAAUACAAGCAUUUUUAUAGUGGGUAAAUUUGACCCACGCUGGCGCUUAUAGGUAUAAAUGUGCCACUUUUUAAUCUAUUUUUAUCUAAACCUUCUUUAUAUCUGGGAAUUGUAAAUAAGGCCAUUUUAGUAAAAGUCAAUAACUGGGAGGCUUGAAUGUUUUAUUAAAGGUCUGUUAUGUACCGUUGAAUAACAGUGAUGGGUAAAUUUGACCCCAUGGCGGUUCUAGUGUUAAUCAUUUUAGUGGCUCACCAAUGUAUUACAUAACUCUAAUACGUAAACUAAGUAUGCUGACCAAAGUUCUUAUGGAGAGAAGAUUUUAUUGAAGACAAUAGCUAUGUUUCCAUCCACCUAUUUUUAUGCGCAUUUUGGAUGUACGCAUAAAAAAACGGUUGAUGGAAACGCCAAGAUGCACAUACGUUUUGAAAAUGCGCAUAAAAAAACAUUAAAAAGGAUAAACUUUUUAUUGUAUAAGAAAAGAUGUGCAUAAACUACGAUGGAAACACUUUUACCGAACAAAUUUCAGUAUGCGCAUUAAAAAGUAUUGUGAUUUUUUAAAAAUGUUUUUUUAUAAGAGAUCAUGUGAUGAUAAAAACGUGUGUGAAUGAACAAACCAGCAGGCUGAGCACAUUGUAAAACAUCUGAAAUGUUGUUUUGGUCAUUCUAAAACGCCUUAACCGUUUCAGUAUUAUUGUUAUUAUAUUAUAAAUUAAGUGAUAGCAUUUGUCUUCUGAGGCACAAAUAAUUUAUUAAAUAAGGAAAAAUCCGUAGCAAAUUCCGUCUUUACUGUUUAUAUUUGGCGCCAGUUAAUCCGGAAGUGAUGAUUUUGUUCUCUUUGACUCGUCGGAUGGAAACGCUGCUUUAUUUGCAUGUCUUUUUUGCAAUAUUCCUGUUGUGCGCAUAAAUUUAAUUUGCAUCAUUGGAUGGAAACAUAGCUAAUGAAUAGUACAUUUCCUCAGCAUUGAUGUUAACCCGUCGUAGCUUAACUCAAAGUCUGUAGCUACGUUUCCACCCACCUAUUUUUAUGCACAUUUUGGACAUGCACAUAAAAAACAAUUGAUAGAAACGCCAAGAUGCGCAUUUUCAAAAUUUAUGUGCAUAAAAAACAUAUGCGCACAACUGAGUAGAAUGAACUUCUUUUUAUUCGAUAAGAAAAGAUGCGCAUAAACUACGAUGAAAACACUUUUACUAAACAAAUUCCAGUAGGCGCAUUAAAAAAUGUCAUGUUAUUUUAUUUUCAGAGAUCAUCAUGAUAAAAUUGUGUGUGAAUGGACAAACCAGCAGGCUGAGCACAUUGUAAAACAUCUGAAAUGUUGUUUUGGUCAUUGUAAAACGCCUUAACCCUUUCAGUAUUAGUGUUAUUAUAUUAUUAAUUACCUACAGAAUCAAGAGCGUCUGUGCUCCACGUAUCACAAUCGUUCAUUGCAUGUCCGCAUUGUCUUCUGUGGCACAAGUCAUUUAUUAAAUAAGGAAAAGAUUCAUGCAGAUUCUUCUACCACAGCAAAUUCCAUUUUACUUUUUGACUCGUAGGAUGGAAACGCUGCUUUUUUGGCUCGUCUUUUAUGCAAUAUUUCAGUUUUGCACAUAAAGUUAAUUCGCAUCUUUGGGUGGAAACAUAGCUAAUGAAUAGUGCAGUUCCUCAGCAUUAAUGUUAACCUGUUGUCUUAAGUAUCGUAACUCAAAGUACUGUCUGUGAGACACUACUUUAUAACAAAGGAUAUUACCCCGGAGAUUACCCAACUGGUUUAGUUGGGUCACAACUCUUGAUUUCCUGUAGGCCAUUUGGUUCACACCUUUUCAGAUGCAGAUACUUGUUUGCAUAUGAAACAAGCCAUACAGUCUAUCAAUUCUGAAAAGUGUCACAAAAACCCUUUAUGUGUGAGGAACUACUUCCUCCACCCAUUUAAAUCUCAAGUUGUCUGUUUGACGGCUGAGCAAAAAGCUUAUCUAAAUUGAUAACAUCAUUUUAGAACCAGUAUUUUAAUUAAAUUUAUUUCAUUAUUUCAUUCAAUCAAUUGCAAAAACGACCACACUUCCAGAUGGCAGAGUAAGGUCAAUACAUUUUAUCUAUAUUCUAAACAAUCCAUUACCUAUUUUGAUUUACAUAUGAACAAAAACAAGACACAUAUGUAAAACCACAAUGUGAUCAUUGUCAUAAAACGAAAUGUUUACAAUAGGCAUGGGCUGGUAUGAGAUUCUGACGCUAUGAUAACCUUGGAUAAAAAUAUUACGGUUUCACAGUAUUGUGAUUUACUGCUCUAAAAUAUAUUCUUUUGAAUGUCUGAGUUAAAAACAAAAACUUUUUUCACAUUUGAACACAAUAUAUUUUAUUUUGAGAAACAUUUCAAAUAUUUUGUAGUAGCUAAACAUGUCAGGCUAAAUAAUUCAAAUGAAUCAUUGACUUCAUUUGUUUCAAAAACACAGAUUUCUUUACAAUUUAAAUUGGCGUUUUUGGAUAUCUUUUCUGCUAGAGAUAGUUGUUCUAAAAAAAAAAAACGUAAAUAAAAAAAUACUACACAUACCUCAGGAACGGUAUCACAGAAAAUUUUUACGGUUUAAAAAACCUUGACUUUUCCAAACCGUGGUAUACCUUGAAAACGGUUUUCGUCCCAUGCCUAGUUUAUAAUGAAUAAUUAGGACAUGUUUGUAUUUAUUUUAUUUCUCUCUUAAUUUGAAGUCUUGUUGUCAUUUUCACUUCAUCGCAUGUUUGUGUGAAUUUUGUGGUUUGUAAUUUUGCAAUGUUAUUCCAUAAAAUCAACAAGUCAAUCUAUAAAAAUGUAUCUAAUGAAACUGUUUUGCCAUUAUUCCUCAUCUUUUUGUGGUUUCAUCUGAGAAGAGACAUGGGGGGUCUGACACACACGUACUUACAAACCUCCACAUGCCUUA